AGCUGCUUAGAAAGGAGGAAAAGCUGCUUAGAAAGGAGGAAAAGCUGCUUAGAAAGGAGGAAAAGCUGCUUAGAAAGGAGGAAAAGCUGCUUAGAAAGGAGGAAAAGCUGCUUAGAAAGGAGGAAAAGCUGCUUAGAAAGGAGGAAAAGCUGCUUAGAAAGGAGGAAAAGCUGCUUAGAAAGGAGAAAAAGCUGCUUAGAAAGGAGGAAAAGCUGCUUAGAAAGGAGGAAAAGCUGCUUAGAAAGGAGGAAAAGCUGCUUA